GUGGUGGUGGCGGCGGCUGGACGCUCCGCCGCGCCUGCCCUGCCAUCUUAGGUGCCGUGCCCCGCCGCCUUUGUGCCCGCCGCGCCCGGGCACCCGCGGGGGCCGGGCCCGACGCCCCUCCGGGGGCGCCUCCCCCCCGCGGGGCCGCCGCCCCUUGCCCCGCUCCUCCUCCUCCUCCUCCUCCUCCUCCGCGGGGGGCCGACCGGCGCUCCCAGCCCGGCUGCGGCGGAGGUAAUCCAUGCUGAAGAGGCUCCAUUCAUACAGAUGAACCAAGGGUUGAGGCAGCACUUUAAACCCAGAUAGUCGGUCGGCUCACUGCCCAGCAGGAUGCCAUCAACCAGCCGAGCGGGCAGCCUGAAGGACCCCGAAAUCGCAGAGCUCUUCUUCAAAGAAGAUCCAGAAAAGCUCUUCACAGAUCUCCGAGAGAUUGGCCAUGGAAGCUUCGGAGCAGUUUAUUUUGCACGUGAUGUGCGCACCAAUGAAGUGGUGGCCAUCAAGAAAAUGUCAUAUAGUGGGAAGCAGUCCAAUGAGAAAUGGCAGGAUAUUAUAAAGGAAGUCAAGUUCCUCCAAAGAAUAAAACACCCAAACAGUAUAGAAUACAAAGGCUGCUAUUUGCGGGAGCACACGGCGUGGCUUGUUAUGGAAUAUUGUUUAGGAUCAGCAUCAGACUUACUAGAAGUUCAUAAAAAGCCAUUGCAAGAAGUGGAAAUAGCAGCAAUUACCCAUGGUGCUCUCCAGGGAUUAGCAUACUUGCAUUCUCACAAUAUGAUCCAUAGAGAUAUCAAGGCAGGAAACAUCCUGCUGACGGAGCCAGGACAGGUGAAACUUGCUGACUUUGGGUCUGCUUCCAUAGCAUCUCCUGCCAACUCAUUUGUGGGGACGCCAUAUUGGAUGGCCCCAGAAGUGAUUUUAGCCAUGGAUGAAGGGCAGUAUGAUGGCAAAGUAGAUGUUUGGUCUCUUGGAAUUACCUGUAUUGAGUUAGCGGAAAGGAAGCCUCCUUUGUUUAAUAUGAACGCAAUGAGUGCCUUAUAUCACAUAGCGCAGAAUGAAUCCCCUACACUACAGUCUAAUGAAUGGUCUGAUUAUUUUCGAAACUUCGUAGAUUCUUGCCUCCAGAAAAUUCCUCAAGACAGGCCUACAUCAGAGGAGCUUCUGAAGCACAUGUUUGUUCUUCGGGAGCGGCCAGAAACAGUGUUAAUAGACUUGAUUCAGAGAACAAAGGAUGCAGUGAGAGAACUGGACAACCUGCAGUAUCGUAAAAUGAAGAAGCUCCUCUUCCAGGAGGCACAUAAUGGCCCUGCAGUCGAAACACAGGAGGAGGAGGAGGAGCAAGAUCAUGGUGUCGGCAGGACAGGAACAGUGAAUAGUGUUGGAAGUAAUCAAUCCAUUCCUAGUAUGUCUAUCAGUGCCAGUAGCCAAAGCAGUAGUGUUAACAGUCUUCCAGAUGCCUCGGAUGAUAAGAGUGAGCUGGAUAUGAUGGAGGGGGACCACACCGUGAUGUCAAACAGCUCUGUCAUUCAUUUAAAGCCGGAGGAAGAAAACUACAGAGAGGAGUCAGAUCCUCGAACAAGGGCAUCAGAGCCCCAGUCUCCUCCCCAAGUAUCGCGCCACAAGUCUCAUUAUCGCAACCGAGAGCACUUUGCUACCAUACGCACAGCAUCGCUGGUGACAAGGCAAAUGCAGGAACAUGAACAGGACUCCGAGCUCCGAGAGCAAAUGUCGGGCUAUAAACGCAUGAGAAGGCAACACCAGAAGCAGCUGAUGGCCUUGGAGAACAAGCUGAAGGCAGAGAUGGACGAGCAUCGCCUCAGGUUGGACAAAGAUCUUGAAACACAGCGUAACAAUUUUGCAGCAGAAAUGGAAAAGCUAAUUAAAAAGCACCAAGCAGCCAUGGAAAAAGAGGCUAAAGUGAUGGCCAAUGAAGAAAAGAAGUUUCAACAGCAUAUUCAGGCCCAACAGAAAAAAGAAUUGAACAGUUUCCUGGAGUCCCAGAAGAGAGAAUAUAAACUCCGUAAAGAGCAGCUGAAAGAGGAGCUGAAUGAAAACCAGAGCACUCCAAAGAAGGAGAAGCAGGAGUGGCUCUCCAAGCAGAAGGAGAACAUCCAGCAUUUCCAAGCAGAGGAAGAAGCCAACUUACUGAGGCGUCAGAGGCAGUACUUGGAGCUGGAGUGUCGCCGCUUUAAGAGGCGGAUGCUCCUUGGCCGCCACAAUCUGGAGCAGGACCUGGUUCGGGAGGAGUUAAACAAGAGGCAGACCCAGAAGGACCUGGAGCACGCCAUGCUGCUGCGUCAGCACGAGUCCAUGCAGGAGCUGGAGUUCCGCCAUCUCAGCACCAUCCAGAAGAUGCGCUGUGAGCUGAUCCGGCUCCAGCACCAGACCGAGCUCACCAACCAGCUGGAGUACAACAAGCGCCGGGAGCGGGAGCUGAGGCGGAAGCACGUCAUGGAGGUCCGGCAGCAGCCCAAGAGCCUGAAGUCUAAAGAACUACAGAUAAAGAAGCAGUUUCAGGAUACAUGCAAGAUCCAAACCAGACAGUACAAAGCACUGAGAAACCAUCUGCUGGAGACCACGCCAAAGAGUGAACAUAAAGCUGUCCUCAAACGGCUCAAGGAGGAGCAGACCCGGAAGCUGGCUAUCCUGGCUGAGCAGUAUGAUCACAGCAUUAAUGAAAUGCUCUCUACACAAGCUCUGCGUUUGGAUGAAGCGCAGGAAGCAGAGUGCCAGGUUUUGAAGAUGCAGCUGCAGCAAGAAUUGGAGCUGCUGAAUGCAUAUCAGAGUAAAAUCAAGAUGCAGGCAGAGGCCCAGCAUGAUCGGGAGCUGCGUGAUCUUGAACAGAGGGUGUCCCUCCGUCGGGCCCUCCUUGAGCAGAAGAUUGAGGAGGAGAUGCUGGCGCUGCAGAACGAGCGCACCGAGCGGAUACGAAGCCUCCUGGAGCGUCAAGCUCGCGAGAUUGAAGCCUUUGACUCAGAGAGCAUGAGGCUGGGUUUUAGUAACAUGGUUCUUUCUAAUCUCUCCCCCGAGGCGUUCAGCCACAGCUACCCGGGAGCUUCUGGCUGGUCCCACAAUCCUACUGGGGGUGCAGGACCUCACUGGGGUCAUCCCAUGGGUGGCCCACCGCAAGCUUGGGGCCAUCCAAUGCAAGGUGGACCCCAGCCAUGGGGUCACCCCUCGGGGCCCAUGCAGGGGGUACCUCGAAGUAGUGCUAUAGGGGUCCGCAACAGCCCCCAGGCUCUGAGGCGGACAGCUUCUGGGGGACGGACGGAACAGGGCAUGAGCAGGAGCACAAGUGUUACUUCACAAAUAUCCAAUGGUUCACACAUGUCUUAUACAUAACUUAAACAAUAACUGAGGGUGGCAAUUCCACUGGAGCUGUCUGCCAGAAACUGCCUACAGACACCAGCCCAGCAGCCUCCUCAGUGUGGUGCUGACGUGUGGAAGCUGGGUGCACAUGGAAUAUUGUAUUCAUUUUGUAAAGCAUUACGUUUUGUGUUUACUAACUGGGAUGUCAUAGUAUUUGGCUGCAGGGUUUGGGGGGAGGGGGGUGUGGUGGUUUGUUUUGUUUUGUUUGUUUGUUUUUUGUCAGUUUUUGGUUGUUUUUUUUUACUUUUUGGAGGGGUCUUGGGAGGGCAUCUGAGAAAUAUAUGCAAUUAGUCAGAAGAGUUGACUGGUGGUCAUCACACUGACAGGACAAAAGGGCCUCAGACUGCCCUGGUUGUGCCAUCCUGUAGGAAGUCUGAGGGAGAAUAGAGACCUCCUCCCAUGUCCAUAAAUUUUGAUCUGCCACCCUGUAAAAAUCAGGCAAGCUGCCUUUAAACCAACAUCCACAGGAGGAACAGCUGGAUCUUCUGUUCCAUUUUUAUUUGUCAUUAAAUUGGAUGCAUUUCUAGGGUAUUGCCUCUGCCAAGAGGCGUUUUCAAAGACUUGUAGGUGAGGAAGAAGGGUGAAAAGAGAGGCCAAGAGACACACCAGGGCUCAGCAGGGCCCUUCUGCCCAAGUGUCCGCUCCAUAUUGUGUAAGAAGUUCUCUCAGAAGGCACUGGUGAGCUUCCCGAGAAGUGCUUUGGAAACCUGUUUGGGGAGAGCAGGCUAGAAAUGUUCAAAAUUGUAUCCCUUCUUUGGCACUCCCUGACUGUGCUGCUGGUAGCUCAGACGAGGCUGGGCGGAGGAGCGUCAGGAAUGCACUUGUACAGCUAAUACUGUGACAUCUCAUUGUAGCUAAGCAUCAGAAUAAUUCUUGGAGCCCAGCAUAGUCCUUUCUGCUCCAUUCAGAAAUGUUUAGACUUUUCAGCCAAUCAGUCUCAAAUGCCAGAGGUAUUUUGAAGGAUGCCAUAGUCACAAAAUGCCAUUGAUCAGGUUUCUCAUUAUUACACUACAUCCACCAAUUUAUUACCUUUUUGGCUUGUUGCAGUUUCCUGUUUACAUGUAGAGUGUAGCCAACUGUUUAAAUGUUUAGUUGCCACAGUGUACCAGGAGGAGCUGAGCCAAUGACUCUUUCCCAGCUGAUGACUAACCCACAUCACCACGGUAGAUCUUUGCUGCAUGUGAGGCUCCUUUUUGUUAUUUUCGUUGCUGCAAUAACUUCACAACUUUUACAGUCCCUUGAGAUGCUGUGAUAUUUUGGCAGUGUAUCACACCGUGUGAGAAGGCACUACUUCCAGAGGCUCUUUGGAGCUGCUGUACUACUGAAAGGAAGCAAAGGAGGUUGUGAAAUCCUUAUGGUGAUAAAGGGGUCAGGGAGUCUCGUUAACCAAAUGACUUUGUGGCAUCGUGACAUCCCUUAGUGCUGGGAACUGCAGAUGCCUUGUGCCAGUGCCAGGGUGGUCCAGGUCAGUCAGUGCCAAGGGAAUGAGGGAAGAGCAGGUGGAUGAAGUUUGGCUUGAGGCAAAGAUUUCCAUCUUAGGGACUGACCAGCCAGGGUUCUUUGUAAAUGUUUUUCCUUGCACACUAAUCAUCUUGAAGAAUACACUAGCUGCUAACUCUAGGAUUUGCCUUUAAUAUGUUGAUAGGGCUCAAAAGCAAGGUUUUCCGAAUGUGUUUGUUCAUGUGACAUAUUUAUAUAGUAAAUGAUGUCUCGCUGCUGUUCAGCACUGUCAACAGGGCGACGUUCUUUCGUUAGCUAAAUUAACCUCCACUCCCAAUCCCUGACUUUCUGUCAGUGAUUCCAGCUGGGAUUUCUAGCCUCUUGUUGUAGCAUAUCACUAAUCAAAGGUGGAAACUCUGCCAAAACGUGUUUGAGCAGCCCCUACUGAGGAGCUUUGUAGUACUAACAGAAGCCUGGGGUGAGGUGCUGGUCCCACCGAGGUGACUCUGGUUGCCCCCUGGGGCAAGUAGUGACUGUGGAUUGUCCUGUCCUUUCCUCUGCUAUGUUUUUUUUAAUGUGAUAUUGAAUGUUUUGGGGUCAUUCUUUGGCGUUGCAGUCAGUGUUGUUGAAAUGCAGCAAAACUGAUUUAGGAAAGGUACCUGGAUUUCCCUGGUGUUGGAAAGAAAAGACCAAAAUGAAACGAAAGGCCAAAAUUGGAUUGGGAUUUUCCAUGUGAGUGUGGAGGGUGUGCCCAGAGCAUGGUGCUAACACAGCCUUGUGACUUUCAGCUCCUCUGUGACAAAACAGCAGCAGCGACAGCGGGGACAGGCUAUACCUGCAAGAUCAGUGGGUUUAUUCUUUUGCUUCUGUUAUGGUUUGAAUUUGGUCCAAGUCUCUGGCUUAAAUUGAGCUAUUUCAACAGGAUUCUCUCAACCCAUCCUUGUGUAAUGUCAAGCAUGACUGAAUGCUGAAUCCAAACGAUGGCUAUACCAUAUUGGCUUUUUUGUAUUCAAAAAGAAUUGUGUAGUAACCAUUUUUACAUGUAUAUCAUGUGCAGACCUGGACUAUUCCAACAAGUUAAUAUUUUAAUUAAAAUAGUUUGCAAAAACUGAUUCAGA